GCACAAGAUGGAGAAGAAGGAAAAAAAUUAAGGAACAUUGCUACAAAAACAACACAUUCUAUAUAAAAAAACACACAAUUCCGAUAACAUUAUUCCCAGCCAUCGCAAGCUGCAUUUGGGGAUGGUAAUGGGACAACAGAAAAUCGCCCUCGCCCCUCCCUCUUCGUCCUUCCGCCUCCGCAGCCGCAGCCUCAACUCCCUCCGCCUCCGCCGCAUCUUCGACAUGUUCGACAAGAACGGCGACGGCACCAUCACCGUCACGGAGAUCAGCCAGGCGCUGAGCCUCCUCGGCCUGGACGCCGACGUGGCGGAGCUGGAGUCCAUGACGAAACUCUACAUAAGACCCGGCAACGAGGGACUCACGUACGAGGAUUUCAUGGCGCUGCACGAGUCGCUGGGUGAGACCUACUUCGGGUUGGUCCAGGACGAGGAGGAGCAGCAGCAGGAUUCGGAUCUGUGGGAGGCGUUUAAGGUUUUCGACGAGAACGGCGACGGUUACAUCUCCGCCAAGGAGUUGCAGAUGGUGCUGGGGAAACUUGGCUUGGUUGAAGGAAAUUUGAUGGACAAUGUUCAUAGGAUGAUUGGAUCUGUCGACACCAACCACGAUGGUCGUGUUGAUUUCGAUGAGUUUAAGGAAAUGAUGCGCGCCACUAUUGUCCCGGCCAGUGCUUGAUUCACUACCGGAUUUGGCUUCUUACGAUCACUCAUCCAAUUCAAAAUGCUUCUAACUUUUUUGGUUUCAUACAUACAUAGUUAUCUUUUCAUGGAAAUAAAUAAUAAUUCUGUUCCAGAUGUUAAUACUUUAAUUUUCUUAGGAGAGAUUGAAAUCUCGGUUUAAUUUCAAGGAAUUCGAUCGAUCAAUUCAGGUUCUGUCAUUGCAAUUUGUUUCUUAGGUUUCCUUUCAAUUAGUUUGAUUGCGGGUAUAUAUGAAUGAAUGUUGUAUGCUGUUCAAUACCAGCUCUUCAUAUUACCCUCCCAUAUAAUAUGCAGCCUCUUGAUCAAAAGUUUUCAUAUAUAUAUGGUACACAUGUAAACGAUUUUAUAACAA